AUGUCUCGACGCUUGAGUGAGAUCGUCACCAGCGGCAUACGUGCCCUCAGUAUCUCGAGCUGUUGUGAUGGCGAAUCCGCUCAGAAUCAGUCCCAGACACAGGCUCCAGCUAACCAUCCCAAGCCAACGGCAGCCAAGCCUGCCACUCAGCAGGGGGCUGGCGAAGGGGACGGUAGGCGCUCCGUGGGGUCUUCUAGACGAGCAUCUUUUCAAACGGCAGUCUCUCAGUUGUCUGAAUACGAAUCUGCAGCCUCAAAAAUAGAACAGGCCGAGACAAAACCGCAGGCGGGUAGCGCUGCGGUGCCAGGCUAUAAAUACGGUAAGCUCCAGAGGGAUGGUGAGCAACGGCGGCGGUGGAUUGAAGAUCCCAAUGAUACAAGCUGCACUAUCCAGAGCUCUCAACUAACCAUGGAUGACCUUCAGACCCAAUAUACACCAGGUGAGGCUAAUUAUGAAAAUGUUCCUCCCACUCUUCGUGAUCAGGUAGUUGAGCUAGGUCUUCCUGACGAAUUCAAUAACCGGCCUGAACAAUCCGUCUACCGUAGUUGGUUCAUUGAUGAAGACGAUAUGAAAUGGGAUGGCGUCAUGUGGGAUAUUAUGAUCGUUCUCGUAGAUAUCGAAAGGACACCGGACUCCAAUGCACCUCAGAUGUCUGAGAUUACCCUGGCUUUGCUUAAGCACCUUUUUGAUGUCGACUAUCUCCGGUAUAUCUUUGAUAAUGGCCUAUUCUGGGCAAUCUCCCAAUCAGAUGUUUAUUUGGACGAUUCUGAGACCUGGGAGCAUGGAACACCUAAGUAUGAUGCUUUGCUUGGCACUAGAAUUGGGAAAUUGAUCUCUUAUAUUGUUCUUGGUGGCUUUGAGAGGGGCUCCUUUAGAAUUGCUCGAGUUGUUACUUGGUCUUCGUGGCUUCUGGGUGCUCGUGCCAAUAUGCGGUUUGACAUUGAGCCGGUUGAUGGCUCAAGUUAA